UGUUUUUGUUUAUCACUCCUCGGCACGGCGCGGUCGGCGUUGAUUUCGUUUCUUGUAAAUUCUUGACUCGGGACGGGGUUCCUCCGAUGCAUCAUUGCAGUGUUUUCAUUGAGAAGUUCAGAGGUGUUCAGAACUGCUGAAGGCUUUUAAGAUGGCAAGAAAUAAGGAAGGCUGUAUGAUUAUUUUGGAUGUCGGAAAGGACACCUUGGUAAAGAGCGGCAAACAUGAUCAAACAUUUUUCGAACGCGCCAAGAACUGUGUUUCGAAGAUCGUCCAAAGGAAGAUUUUUAGUAAACCCCAGGAUGAAGUCGGUUUGGUGCUAAUGGGCACCGAUGGCACUAACAAUCAACUAAACGUGGAGUACGGCGGGUACCAUCAUAUCUCUGAAGCCUUUGAGUUGAACCCCAGCAACUGGCAGAUGCUUAGAGUUCUGGAAAAGCAAGUCAACGCCUCGAAAGUAAACGGCGACUGGUUCGAUGCUCUGGUCGUGGCGAUGAACUUUCUGAAAGUUGGCGCGCAAGCGAAAAAGUUUGCCUCGUUGAAAAUUAUUCUGGUGUCGGCUCUUUCAGUUUCCUCAAAUCUCGAUGUAGAGCAGAUGGAUUCGGUGGUUAAAAAGCUAACGGAAAUGCCAUGCGAAUUGAAUGUUAUCAAUGACAGUGUGGAGCAUCAUGCGGACUCUGAUGAACAACAGGAUGAAGACAAUUUGAUAUUCGAUGCCCUUGGAAUCUUCAGCCAGAAACAACAGAAAACCAAAGAACAGCGAGCUAACGAAAAAAUGCUGUCCGAUAUAGUUUUUAAAUCGAACGGUGCACUUUGCAACAUAGAUUCAGCUGAAUUGCUUCUUGUACACUUCGAGAAGAAAGCUACCAGAGCCGCACCGUGGAACAGUGUCUUAUCAAUUGGCACACAAAUCCAGAUCAGUAUAUCUGCGUUUCUAUUGAUCACAGAGGAAAAGGGUUUGGGAUCAUUCAAAACCGAAUCCACAUAUCCUGAAGCAACCGUUCAGCUAAAAACCGAUUACUUUAAAAACGAUCAAUCUUUCGAACCGGAUUACGAAAAUGUGAUCAAUGGCUACAUGUACGGCUCAACUGUGGUACCGUACGAUAGCCAGAUCGAUAUUGAUUACAAGUCUGGUGAACAAAGACUCUCAUGCUUGGGAUUCACAGUAGCUGGAAACAUCCUGGAGGAAUAUCUCUGUGGAACUGGAACACACGUGGUCGUUGCCCGGAAAGACUGCGCUGCCUCGGAGGCUAAACUGGCUGCACUCGUGAAGGCAAUGAUCGAUCUGGACGUAGUGAUGAUCGUUACUAAAGUCUACCGCCGUGACACUCGACCCAAAAUCAAUGUGCUCAUGCCAACUUUUAAGAAGCGCUAUCCUUGUUUCAUCAUGCUGGAGCUCUGUUUCCAAGAGGAAGUCGCUCUACUGAAAUUCCCACCACUUCUGUCUAACAAAUAUAAGCCAACAGACGCACAGUACGAAGCCGUGGAUAAACUGAUCGACUCGAUGGACCUAAUGGACGCAUUGGACGAUGAUACUGGAUCUCGAGAAGCAUUCGCCUUACACAAGACUCUAAAUCCAAUUCAUCAGCAUAUGUACAGAACGGUGGCUCAUCGAGCACUUCACCCAAAAGCUCCCAUACCGGCGAUGGACAAGGAGCUGAAGAACCUGGUAGAUGUACCACCCAAGGUACGAGAGAGAUCCAAACCCAUACUGGAUGAAGUUAAAAACCUUUUCCCACUGAAAGAAAUCAAGGUCAAUGCUCGGCUCAAGUGGCUUCAAAGAGCGAACAAAAUUACUGCAAAUCUAGAUGCGACAGCCGCAGGCACAUCGCAACAAAACCCGACCGAUGCAGAAGAAGAAUUGGAUGACCAAAGGACAAUCGUGGAAGUGGGAACCGUUACUCCCGCCGAAGAUUUUGCUCUGUUGCUGAAGAGAGGUGAAAAAUUUGCAACCCUUUGCAGCCAAAUUCAGAAUGUCAUCUCGGAUUUGGUGUUCAAGUCGAUGACGGUCCAGUAUGAGAAGGUGGCCAUGGCCAUGAUGAUGUAUCGCGAGGAAGCGAAGCUCAUGGGCCCGUAUCGGUACAAUGAGUGGAUAGCCGAGUUCAAGAAGAGUCUUCUCGCUCGGAACAAGCAGGAAUUCUGGGACCAAGUGGUAGUCCGGGAACGAUUUGGAUUGAUUGGAGCAAGUGAAAGCGACAUGAGCACUAUCUCUGCAGAUGAAGUUGAAGAAUUUUACAAUGUGAACACUGCACCCAAGACCGGCGAUACAGGGGCUGAUGCAGAUUACGUCGAUGCGGAUGAUUUGUUUGCCAACAUGUAGAGUGUAAUAUGUGAUCAUUAUUCCAGUAUCAAUUUGAAUAAAAUAAGUGUUUUAGACUGUUUAA